CCGCGUCAGUCGCUCACUGCCUGCUUCGAUACUGCUUGUCUCUCUAUCCCCCCUCCCUGCAUCAUCAAUCUUUUUCGACCUCUUCCUGUUGCUAUUGAGCUUCACAGGAGCAAUAAUCUACCGAGACUGAAUCCUCCUUACUACACUCCCUCCUCAACCAUAGCCCGCAAUCAUGUUCAGAAACAAUUACGACAACGAUGCAGUCACCUUCUCGCCGCAAGGCCGGAUAUUCCAGGUUGAAUAUGCACAGGAAGCAGUCAAGCAAGGGUCAGUUGUCGUAGGACUUGUCAACAAGACACAUGCCGUGUUGGUCGGUCUAAAGCGAAACGCCGAAGAACUAUCCUCCUAUCAGAAGAAGAUCAUCGAAGUUGACUCCCAUAUGGGCAUUGCUAUUGCCGGUCUGGCAUCGGACGCUCGUGUGCUCUCCAACUACAUGAAGCAACAGUGCCUUGGUUCCAGAAUGACUUACGGCCGCCCACUGCCAGUGGAUCGUAUCGUUACUCAAAUCGGCGAUCGCGCCCAGACCAACACUCAGCAAUAUGGCAAGCGACCAUACGGUGUCGGUCUGCUCGUUGCAGGUGUCGACGAGGCUGGACCCCAUCUGUUUGAAUUCCAGCCCUCCGGUAUGAUUCAAGAGAUGCUUGCUUGCGCCAUCGGGGCUCGUUCGCAAAUGGCGCGGACUUACCUGGAGCGGAAUCUGGACAAAUUCGCCGACUGCAGCCGGGAAGAACUGAUUAGCCACGGACUCCGGGCUUUGAAAGAAACUUUGUCUCAUGAUAAGGAGCUGACGGUGGACAACACGUCUGUCGGGGUGGUGGGACUUGCUGGAGAAGGGGCUCAGGGCAAGAUCGAGACCUUCAAGUUAUAUGAUGGCCAGAGCAUCUCACCGUUGCUGGAAGCUCUUGAGCAGACAGAUUCCGGGGAGACGAAAGAAGAGGAGUCGAUGGAGGUCGAUUCAUAGUUCCCUUUGGACUUAACGCCGAUAGAUAUGCAAGCUUGAUCUCUUUCCUCUUCUUGUGGAUCCGCUUCCCUAUGCUUAUUCUAUACUCCGGCAUAUUCGGUAGUACGAUCUGAUUCGGGAUAUGGUUGUGGGAUUAUGGAUCCAUCACGGAUGGUGCAAAACUAAAUGUCAGAAAUUCG